AUGGCUGAAAAUGAUAUAGAUAUAAAACGUGGCGGUGGUUAUAUUGGUGCGUUUGGUUCUCGUAUUGAUAUGAUGGCUAAUGAAGUUGUCACUAGUUCUGGUAUUACUACAGUACCAUCAUCUCCUUAUCAUAUAACUCUAAUAACUAAAGAUGAAUUACGUCAAUUAACAACAGAUUUAUCAAAUAAAAUCGAUGAUUUAUAUGAUAAUGCAACAAAAAUCGAUACAAAACAUAUAUUUUCUCUUGGUCUUGGUGGUGAUCCAAAAGGCGUUUGUUGGGUUGUAAUUAUUUGGAAUGCAGGAAAUCUUUUUCGAAGAAAAUAUGGUCUAUCUUAUAAACAAUUUCAUAUAACAUUAAGUAAUAAUGAUGAUCAUUCACUUGAUAAAAGUCUUUAUUCAUUACGUACAAUAUUUUCAAUUGAAAAUCUUAAUAUAAAUAUAAUUGAUCAUCUUGUUUUAUCAUAUAAUUUAUCUGAACAAUAUGAUCAAGUAUUUAUUUAUGCACGAGAAAUGUGUAAUCGUUUUCCUAAUUCUGAAAAAGGUUGGUUACGUUUAGGUGAUAUUGCACGACGAAAUGAACAAUAUAAGUUAGCAAUGUUAGCUUAUGCACAAACUAUACAUCUUAUUAAUGGACAAGAAAAUGAAAAAAUUCAAGAUUAUUGUUAUAAAAAAAUUUUUCAUUGUGCAUCAAUUUAUACUGAAUGGGAAUGUCUUUUUGGUGAAAAUGAAUUAGAUCAAAUUCCAGAAGAAUUAAAAAUAAAUUUAUUUACACCAUGGACACAAAUAAUUCGACAACGUUUUAUGAACAUUUAUUUAAAUGAACAACCACUAUUUCAUCAAAAUCCACGUGAACAUCUUCUUGUGCCUUUUAUUGAUCCACGACAGACAAAUCAAAAUUUAGAAAUGUUUUCAUUACCACGUUACUUUCGUUGGAUUGUUCCAUUUUUUUUGUCUAUCAUGUCAACUCCACGACAUGAACGUGAUAUUGAUGCUCUUGCAUCUGCUCAUAUUGGUAUUCGACAUAUUAUAACAUUAACAGAAGAAAAACCUUUAUCUGAAGAAUGGUUUUUUAAUAAAACAAUUUCACAUACACAUCUUCCUAUUGAAAAUUAUCGAGCACCAACAAUUGAACAAGUUGAUUUAUUUUUUCGUUUAAUUAAUGAUCCAACUAAAACACCGUUAUUAAUUCAUUGUGGUGGUGGAAAAGGUCGAGCUGGUACAAUGAUUGCUUGUUAUUUAGCUAUAUAUGGUUUUCAAACAACAACAGCUCAAGAAUGGACACAACCAUUUAUGUCAGCUGGUGAAGCUAUUGAUAAAUUACGACAAUUAAGACCUGGAAGUAUUGAAACAGAAGAACAAGAACGAUUUAUACAUACAUUUGUUAGUACUGUAUGGAAACGACAAUCACCAUUACCACCAUUACCUACUGAACCUGAAGGAAUACCACUUGAAAUUGAAGGACAAUUAGAUGGAAAUAUUGAUUUAAUAAUGCUUUGUGGUAUACCGGGUUCAGGAAAAUCUUAUGUAGCACAAAUGAUAUUAAAUCGUGAUGAUCAUUGGACAAUUGUUUCACAAGAUGAAACAAGAUCACGUGAUAUAUGUGAACGUGAAUUAAGUCGACCAGGAAAAUAUUCUAAAGCAAUUUUAGAUCGUUGUAAUACAGAUCGUGAAGAUCGUAAACAAUGGCUUGCACUUGCACAUUGGGCACGAAAACCCAUAUGUAUUUAUUUUGAUUAUAAUCCAGAUUUAUGUAUAUCACGUGCACAACAACGUUCCGAUCAUCCAACACUUAUACCUGGUCAACGUGUACGAACAGCUGUUCAAAGUAUGCAAAGACAAAUGGAAAAACCAAAACUUGAUGAAGGAUUUAUUGCUAUAUGUACUAUACGAUCAUUUGAUGCAGCUAAUGAUUUAAUUAAACGAUUAACACCAAUUGGUAUAUUAAAAUUUUUACGUACAGGUCAUAUUAUGAAUUUAGGUGCUGCUACAGCAGAUGAUUUUUUAGUAUCAUUUAAUCAAACAAAUCAUACACCAUAUGUUGUUAUAACAGAAAAAGUUGAUGGUGCUAAUAUGGGUUUUUCAUUAUCAGUUGAUAAAGAAUUACUUGUACAAAAUCGUUCACAUUAUAUAACAUCAACAACACAUGUACAAUUUCGUCCACUUUACACAUGGAUUGAAACACAUCGUGAAAGUCUUUAUCAUAUUUUAGAUCGUGAUAAUUCAUAUUCAGAACGAUAUAUUCUUUAUGGUGAAUGGCUUGUAGCAACACAUUCAAUACCUUAUACAAGAUUACCUGAUCGAUUUCUUGCUUUUGAUUUAUAUGAUCGUCAAACACAAACAUGGACUGAUCGUGAUACAUUGGAACGAUUAUUUGAACAAACUAAUUUAAAUUUAGUACCAAUUAUGUAUCGAGGACCAAGACCAGCAGAUAAUAUUUUAAAAGAAAUGGUUCAUUAUCCAUCUCAAUUUUAUGAUGGUCCAGUUGAAGGUAUUUAUGUUAAAGAAGAACAAAAUGGACAAGUUAUUAAUCGUGGUAAAAUAGUACGAAGUGAUUUUACAGCUGGUAUAACUGAACAUUGGGAUAAAGCACCAAUGAAAAAGAAUGGAUUUAUAAUUGAUGGUGAUAAUAUAGACUGA